UCUCUCUAUAUAAGAGGAAAUGGAUGCAUUAACAUUUCUCACAAUCCUCUAAACAUCUUCAGUCUCAAAUAAAAGCAAAAACUAAGAAUUUCUUAUAAAGUAUUAACAUCCACAAAUAUGGCAAUUAAGCUAAUUGCACUAGUAAUCACACUAUGUGUAGCAUCAUGGGAUACUGGAGAAGGAAGAUCUUUAAGAUUUUCUACAACUCCUCUAAAUCGAUAUAGCUUUCCUCCUCAUUUUGAUUUUGGUGUUGCCUCUUCCGCUUAUCAGUAUGAAGGUGCAGUAGAAGAAGGAGGGAGGAGUCUAAGCAUAUGGGACAAUUUCACACAUGCAUUUCCAGGUGGAAAAUUAAGUGAUGGGGUCAAUAAAGAAGGUGUUCAAUUCUACAAGAAUCUUAUUGAUGAACUUAUCGAGAACGGUAUAAAACCUUUUGUAACUAUUUAUCAUUGGGAUAUCCCUCAAGCUCUUGAUGAUGAGUAUGGAAGCUUUUUAAGUCCUCGAAUCAUAGAUGAUUUUCGAAACUACGCCAGGUUUUGUUUCCAAGAGUUUGGAGACAAGGUUAGUAUGUGGACAACGUUCAAUGAGCCAUAUGUUUAUAGCGUUUCGGGUUAUGAUGCGGGAAAUAAGGCAAUGGGUCGAUGUUCCAAGUGGGUAAACAGUUUGUGUAUAGCCGGUGAUUCGGGCACGGAGCCUUAUUUAGUCUCGCACCACCUCCUUCUUGCUCACGCUGCUGCUGUGGAAGAGUUUAGGAAAUGUGACAAGAUUUCACAAGAUGCCAAGAUAGGCAUAGUGUUGUCUCCUUAUUGGUUCGAGCCAUAUGACAUUGCUUCUAAUGCUGAUAAAGAAGCAGUUGAAAGAGCCCUUACUUUCAAUAUUGGUUGGCAUUUAAGCCCUCUGGUUUUUGGAGACUAUCCUGAGACGAUUAAAACAAGCGCUGGAAAUAGACUGCCAUCUUUCACAAAAGAGCAAUCUAUGAUGGUUAAAAAUUCAUUUGAUUUUAUCGGUGUAAAUUACUACACUGCACGGUUUGUCGCUCAUGAUCUUCAUGUUGAUAUUUCACGGCCUCGCUUCACAACCGACCAACACCUCCAAUACAAAUGUUUUGAUGACUACGAAGAUGGAACAGUGACACGUGAAGAGAUAAUAGAAGACACAAAGAGAAUAGAAUACCACCAAAAACAUCUUCAACAACUCCACAAAGCGAUCAUUGAGGAUGGGUGUAACGUGAAAGGCUAUUUCACAUGGUCGUUGUUGGAUAAUUUUGAGUGGGAACAUGGAUAUGCAGUGAGAUUUGGUCUGUACUACGUUGACUAUAAAAAUGGUCUAAAACGACAUGCUAAAAACUCAGCCAUAUGGUUCAAGCAUUUUCUUCAGAGAUCCGGAAAACCAAUGCCGAUGGAACUGUUUAAAAGUGUCAAGAGAUGGUGGUAUGGAUUACAGAUGAUUUAGGCUCGUUCAAAGAAGAUCAAAAUUUAAUUAUGAAAAGUAACUGAUUAAUUCUUUGGAUGCCUUAAUUCUUCAUCUAGUUGUUGGUAAACUUAUGGGAUAAAAGUUUGUUCAUAUUGAAAUAUACCAUAUAUAAAUUUGUAUACUGUAAAGUUUUCUAAUUUCUUUCUUUUGACAUAAUUCUUGUAUGAAUAAAUGAUUAAAGAUCAU